AGCUCGAAGCCUCUUGGAAACGUUCCCUUGGAAUCCAAGAACAAAUUUCUCAAGAUUCAAGGGGAACCUAAUAAUGAGAAAAAAGCCUCGCGUAAACAACUGAAGUUUGAUGAGGAAAGCAGCUCCAAUAUUCAGACCAGGCUAAAAGAUAUUCUUGGCAGAGUUCCCUGGAAUUAUCAUUCUGGUUCAUUUGCUCCUUACGCUAAUGGAGUGGGUGGUCUAUCCCAAGAAAAGUUACAAGCAAUUAUGAAUCAGUUGACCACUAAUAUCAGAGUUAACGGACGGAGGGUUUCUCCACUGCAGGCGCAGAUAGUACAUCAGUCAUCCAACGGGGAUUUAAACCCAAGCAUGCCCGAGCUGAACGACAUGCAAAAUGACAUGAUGAGCCAACUUCAGGACUCUAUGCAACCCAACAUGCAAGGCAAUAUGCAGGAUGACAUGCAAAGCAGUAAGCCAAACGGCAUGCAAAAUGAUGACACGGGUGAAAGCGAGAUAAAGCCGAUCCAGAUACCUUGGAAUUCAAAGGGUGGCAACAAUGCUCAGUCUACGAGUCCCUCCACGUUUGAGCGUUUGAUGUUUGGUGGCCUUUCUCAAAUCGCAGGAGGUGGAGAAGAACAGAAUAAAGGUUAUUCCGAUUUCGGAGGUGGUGUGAGUAACGUUCCUGGAUUAUCGUUUGGUGGUACACAUACGAGUGGAGUCAUCAACCUUAUGGAGAGUGAAAAUGGAUUAAAACCCAUGACUGGUAUGAAUGGAAUGCGCAGUAUGAAUGGAAUGAUGACAGGAAUGCAUGGUAUGUCGACGAAUGGAAUGGCUGGUAGAAUGUGGGGAGGUCGGUCGUUCUUUUCCAGAAGGGGAGAAACUGUUGCAAAUAAGACCAACGAGCUUUCAAUAAGCAAAAACGCCGACAACGUCACUCGUGCAAACAAAACACAUGAACAUGGUUCUGCAAGUGAAAUCCAUCAAGUUCAAAAGUCGCACCACGAGACAAAGCCCAGUGUAAUAAGGUUGAUACCUAGUGACAGGCUAACCCGAGAAAAGGAAUAAACUCGACAAUAGAAUUAAACCAACAGCUACGAACUAGACUCGUCGCUGACGAAGGCAAACUCAUGAGAUUUAAGGGAAAUGGAAUAAGAUGUAUUGUAACUGAGUGGUUCCUCAGUGUUUUCUUAAGCUUGAUAGUCAUGAAACUUUGACCUAUCGUAGCAGCAAGAAAUAUAAAUGGCUUACUGUAACUGAUGUGCAAAUUUAAUGCACCUUUAUCUGUUCUGGUUGUUAUGUCUCGAUGUUGUGAAUUUGUAAAUUAAACUCACUAAUUAACACACUUAGAUGCAUCACCUGUUUAUCUACUUAUCACGUCGCUUGUAAGAAACGUACAAUCAAAUCUGCAACUACAAACUGAUGCCCAAACGCCCAUGUCAAAGGAACCCCCCCGGGGGGGAAACUCCCUUCUAUAAACCAUAUAGGUAUGUGCCGCCCCAAAGGGUGGGGUCUUUGUGCUACGCCGUUUCGGUCUGAAAGCGGGUAUAGAUUUUGGUCUUUUUGGUCUGAAAUCGGGUAUGGUUUCGAGGAAACUACGGAAGUCAGUAUGAACGUAUUUAUCGUUUCAACAUCAAAUGAAUCAGAAAGAAACAGUAAGAUGCGAAUGUCCGAUGUCUGACGUCCGAUGUCCGAUUUCCCCUGUCCGAUGUCUGAUACACUGAUGUCCGAUGUCUGAUGUUUCAUGUCCGCUAUCUGAUGUUCGAUGUCUGAUGUCUGAUGUCCGAUGUCUCAUAUCUGAUGUCCGAUAAUCUGAUGUCUGACGUCCGAAGUCCGAUAUCAGAUGUCUGAUGUCUGAUGCUGAUAUCUGAUAUCGGAUGUCUGAUGUCUAAUGUCUGAUGUCUGCUGUCCUAUGUCUGAUAACCGUUGUCUGAUGUCUAAUGUCUGAUUUCCGAUGCCCGAUGUUCGAUGUCGGAUAGUCUGAUGUCUCAUGUCCAAUGUCUGAUGCAGAGAUGUUUGAUUUCCGAUUUUGCUGUCCGAUGUUCGAUGUCUGAUAGUCUAAUGUCUUAUGUCGGAUGUCCGAUGUCUGACUUUUUUGUCCGAUCUUUUUGUCCGGUUUGAUGACUGAAUUGACGUCCGAUCUGUUGUCCUAUGUCCGAUGUCAGGUGUCCUAUGUCUGAUAACCCAUGCCUGAUGUCUGAUAUUUUGUCCGAUUUUUUUGUCCGAUUUUUUGUCUGAUUUGAUGUCCGAUUUGAUGUCCAAGCUGAUGUCAGAUUUUAUGUCCAAUUUGAUGACCGAUUUCAUGUUUGAUUUGAUGUUAAAUUUGAUGACCGAUUUGAUGUAUGGUUUGAAGUCCGAUUUGAUGUCUGAUUUGAUAUCUGAUUUGAUGUCCGAUUUGAUGUCCGAUUUGAUAUCUGAUUUCAUGUCCGAUUUCAUGUUUUAUUUGAUGUCCGAUUUGAUGUGCGAUUUGUUGUCCGAUGUCCGAUUUGAUGUCCAAUCUGAUCAGAUUUGAUGUCCAAUUUGAUGUCCGAUUUGAUGUCCAAUCUGAUGUCAGAUUUGAUGUCCGGUUUGAUGUCCAAUCUAAUGUCAGAUUUGUUGUCCGAUUUGAUGCCCGACUUUUUGUCUGAUUUUUUGUCCGUUUUGAUGUCCGAUUUGAUGUCCAAUCCGAUGUCAGAUUUGAUGUCCAAUUUGAUGACCGAUUUGAUGUCCGAUUUGAUGUCAAAUUUGAUGUAUGAUUUGAUGGCCGAUUUGAUGGCCGAUUUGAUGACCGAUUUGAUAACCGAUUUGAUGUCUGAUUUUAUAUCUUAUUCGAUGUCCGAUUUGAUGUUUUAUUUGAUAUCUGAUUUUAUGUCUGAUUUGAUAUCCGAUUUGAUGUCUGAUUUGAUGUCAGAUUUGAUGUCUGAUUUGAUGACCGAUUUGAUGGCCCAUUUAACGUCCAAUUUGACAACCGAUUUGAUUUUUAUUUGUCAGAUUUGAAGUCUAGAUUGAUGUCCGAUUUGUUGUCCAAUUUGUUUUCCAUUUACAUGUCAGAUUUUUUGUCUGAUGUUUUGUCCGAUUUGAUGGUAGUUCGAUCAGCUCAGUAGUCUAAAGUGGCAAGCGUAAAUAAGGUCAUUCUAUGCUUAACAGCCAUCCUACCGCGGUGUUCCUAGUAUUAAAUAAGAUGGGUACCCUGUAAUGUGGUCCACUUCAAGCUCAAAUCAUAUCAUUUCAGCUAACUAAAAUUAUGUUUUGCUUUUAUUAUUGUGCUGUCUUACAAUGCUUACCGUGUCCGUAUCCGUUUUACUAAGAUGUCCGUUUUGUGAAGGUGACUGUUAAGAGAAAGUCAACUGUAUAACAUUUAGAGUCAAACUGUAUUACAUUAACAAGGAAUUUCCUAAAAAAAGGAAGCAAAAAGCUCAAGACCCAUCUCUUUUAGGACGCAUUCUUAUAGCAUUUCUUUUUAGCAUUUAAUUCUUAGCGUUAUUAUAGCAUUUUUAUAGGAUUUUUAGCAUUACAGCGUUUCCUAUUUUUUAUUAUAUUGAUUGUAAUCUUAGGCCAUGAUAGAUUAUUAUUUCUGUAAACGCAUUGAGGCAUGCAAUCAACAAUCCAUCAUCAUCAUCAUUGUUAUUAUCAUUAUUUUCGUAUUAUUAUUAUUAUUAUUUAUCAAUAGAUUAGGUAGUUUUUUGCCAACUGCAUGAUUUCUUCUGCCCAAAAAACGAAGCGUAGAAACUGCAUUAAUUUGUUUUUCUCUUUUUAAUCUGGACCCAUUUAAACUAUAGAACUAAAAUAUUUCCGCCAGUUUAAAAACUUGAAAACUCCAGUCAUAUUUGUAAGGAUUUUAGACACUACGGCUUUACUGGAAACUGGCGAAAUCAUUUUGACCCGAGCAACUUCCUAGCCUUGCCUGCUGGUAACGUAUUGUUGGUGAUACUUGCAAAACACCCACGCUUCCUGUAGCUGCCUCACUUUCCCGCCCAUCGAUGUGGUUCACUGAACAUCUUUCUUUGUUCAACCUGGGGAAGCUCUCUAAAACGCGUUAAAUAUUAAUCGCCAAAAGCAGAAUGACGUCAUUGUAUCAACAUUUUCGCUGUCAAAGAACCAAAACGCCGAGAAAUUAUAUUGAAAAUGUAUGGCUCAAAGAUAUUUGAAAGAUAUCUAAAUAUUGAGUGUAAACAGAUUUAAGCCUGAUUCAUCAUAGAAGUAAGUAAUCCUACUGUCCUAUUAUCGCUUUUAACUUGUGUCCAGUAAAAAGGUCUUUAAACAAAUCAGGUUAAAUUCAAGAGCGAAGACAAAACAAUCGAAGGAGAUAAUUAGCGUUGAGGGCAUCUUUGUUAACUUAAUGUUAUAUUUAUGUACAACAAAACGCACAGAGGAUGACCGAAGUUAAGAACUUUUUACGCUCAGCAGUAGAGUUUCUGACCUUUGUGCUUCCAAACUGGCCUGUCUUAGGCGUGACUUGUGAAGAGGACCUCGUUAAGUACCUGCUAUGUGCAUUUUCACCUUGGAGGGCACAGAAUCAAUCAGUUAAAUGCAAAACCACAGAUUAAAAACUACCCAAAGGCAAAUUUCAUAACCUUAAACUGUGAACAGUUGAAGAGGUUCAUUUGAAUGGUUACAUCACAGGAUUUUGUCUAUAUAUUAAAAGCCGGUCGGUAAUUUUCGUCAUGGCCAAGAAACGCAAAAUUCAAGACAAAGAAUUAGGUUGUGCAAAAGCUGGAAACAGCAGAGGAAUUUUUCUUACAAAGAGUCAGCCUCUUUACCGAUAGUUAUAUACUCCUAUUCAACCAUAUCGCACUAUGAAAUUGGUGUUUGGGUGUUUAAAAAAAAGGGUAACACGAUGAUUAACGAUGUUUAAAAGAACGGGUAACACGAUGGGAAGAAUGUUAUGUAGUGCCAAAUAUCGUCCGUUUCUCUUAAUAGAAGUAUAAAAUAGGGUAAAGAGAACGAAUCUUAAAUUUGCAAGAUUGGAUUUACCAACAGAGAAAAAGUUUUUCUGCUUUUUUUCUGAGUUGUGGUGGGAGAGCAGGACGUUUCGCAGUUAUAUUAGAGUUAAUUGAUAUAUUGAUUGGAUUAAUUAUAUGGUUGCUUUACAGCUGAUGUCACAAGAUGUCCUUUGUGGUGUUACUUCAGUGAAAGAUGGCAGACAAAAGACACCAACUAUAUUCAAUUCUGCUGUUGUUUGCCGUUGUUAGGGAAACCACGACUACGGGUGCGUUAACUCUUCAAAUUUUACCCGUGUGUAGACUCGACGAAAUGAGGUCUCUUCUGAGUCCUUCUUCAGCUUGGAACAACGUUUAGGAAGUGAUGUGUGCAUUAUCCGGACUUCAGAGCCUUGGGGUGGAUUUCGCGUAAUUUUUACGUGCGUUAAUAAAAUGGAAGCAAUGUAUGAAAGGCCGCUCGACCUUCCAUGUAUUGCCUUCUAUACAUUGCCUCUAUUUCAUUAACACGAGAAUAAAUUUACGAGCGAACGCACGUAAAAAUUACACAGCAGUGGAAAUGAACUGUUCGAUGAACGUGUGAACUGAUGCGAUGUUGAUUUUUGCAGUGUUCCUGGUACAACGCAUAAGCGGUUUAAAUAUAACAGGCUAUGUCCUCUAAGCCAACACGUUCUAGGCCCAGACAUUGUUUGUCCAAGGCACUGUACUCAAAAAGUGAGUUAAAGAGAAAUCUUGCCUCUGUUCCCGAUGAGGUCUAGACUACAUUUUAUUCGUUAACAUUCAGGCAAUUCCCAAAAGUUGCAUCAUUGAAAGUUCUAAGCUGCUAGAAUUUCGAUUGAGUUCGAGAAUUGUUUCACCUUUUCAUUUACGUCGGUUUCAGUUGAAAGAUGAAAUAUCACGAACAUUUAUUUUUAGUCAUCAAAUCGUCAUAAUACCACUGAAAAAUUCUAACUGUCGUGAGCAAGUUGUUGGAUGACGGUAAAUCAGUGAAAGUUUUUCACACUGAGGCUUUUACUUAAAGGUUUUGAACUGUCCGAGACUGCACCUUCUUUCUUACAAGAUCCUCAAUGGAGCGUGGCAAGGCUAGAGAUAAAAAAAUUUAAAGAAUCAAACACAUGCUAUUUCGAUCUGAGGAAUUGAAAUACUUUUCACUAGGAUGAAGUCUCCUUCAAUUAAUGAGGGUUGACUAAAACUCUUUGAAGAGAGGCCUUAAUCACAAUUCAUUUAUGUUCAUUGCAGUUCAAAGAGAAAAUUCCACCAAUGAGUUUGCGCGGCAGUUUAUUGUUCCACCAAGAAUUCAGCAAAUGGCAUUGGCAGACAGAAUGUUAGGGAAUAAUCCUUCCAUGAUGGCCUUCCGUGGACUUCCGGGUGCAACUACCGAGGUCACUGCACAACAAGUUGAAGACCAAAUAAACCAGUUGAACCGGCUCAGUCAGCAGCUUCGUGCUUUACCUCAGUCUCCUUCAGCCUUCGAACAAUUAGCUAAGGAACAGCAAAAUCCUGUCUCUGGAUAUGUUCAACAGGCAAGCAGACUGACUCCUGAGACUGGAUUUGGAAGACCACUUGGAGCAGUUCCAGGAUACGUAAAAAGUGUUGCUGGAAACCCAUUAACAGGACCCAAUGGUCUUACAAAAGAGGUUUUAGCAGACUUGAUGUUUGGGAAUCUUAAAAGUUUGGCCUCAACAGGUGGCCUGGCAAAUUUCAAUAAUCCUGUGGAAGUGAACGACCUUCCCCCCCAAACACUUGGAACUUCAGAACUGAGUGCAUUCAACAAUCCUUUAAUUGAAGAAAAGCUCAGACAAUCACCACUGGGAAAGCCUGGGAUUGGAUUUCCACUUCCGCCAAAUGAAAAUGUGGACUUUAACGAUCUUCCUAACGAUGAUUUGGACACUUUGAAAGAUUUAUCCAACAUCCACGCAAGACACAACACUAAAAGUGGGAGGAAGAAGAAACCAGUUAAAUCAGAUGUGGUUACAAAGCUUCUGUUGAGUUUACUGGUUGACAAGUUGAAAGACAUAUACGAAAUGGACAAAUUCAAUACCACCCAAAACAAAUCCUUAAAAACGAAAGUGGAUUCUUCGACGAUAGGAAAGAUUGGAAAUGCUUUAAAGGAGCGUAGUCAACCGAAGAACAGAAAGAACCCGACUGACAAAGCUGGUGAAAGUAACAUCAAGGUGAUACAAAAUUUUGACAGCAACCUUUCCUUUCCUCUGACGAUUUCGGAUCAGAAAGGGUCCAAGGUGUCACUCAUUGACUCUCCACAAAAUGGUGGUAAAGAUGACAGUUCUGCAAUCAAUGUUGACACCAAAAACAUCGAGAAUAUAAUAAAAGGCAUCGAAAAUGACAACGUGGAGCCCAAGGAAAACAGUUCUACCCAAAGAACUGGAAAUGGUGUUGACUCUGGAAACAGCCCACAAGAAAUUUCCGAGAAGACGACAAAGACUCUGGAUGACGUCAGUCUUUUUAACAAAGGAUCAAGUACUGAGUUUCACCAAGUGAAAAUAGAACCCGAUCGUGAUGGUGUUUUAGGAAAGAGCGGAACUAUUCCCACAAUUUCAAACUAUCAUCCAACCGUAGAUACAACAUCAAUAGAUCCUAACCCAGGAACAUUCGAUGUUCAAACCGACAAAGCCACAGUGUCAACGCUACCCACGUUCUCUAUUUCUUCUAUACUAAACCAAGAAAUCCCGGGAAGUGUCAAAGGAAGUAACCGCGUUUUAGAUAAUAAUGCCUUAAAGGACGUCAAGGCUGAAUCUAUUGGUUUGGGGGGUUCUCCAUCCACAGAGGAACCAGUUUCUUCAAAGGUGGCUGGAGAAAGCGACGCUGUCGAUUAUCUGCAAGCUUCCAGAGUUCUCGGAGCUGUAUUCAACAAGGUGAGGGACCCACUUGCUAGAAAGAGCGUUGAAGUUGCUAUAAAAGCCAUGUUGAAGUUGAUGAAGUCGGACAGUGCUUAUUCCAAAAAGCAAACCGUUCCAUCGGUGGAGGAGCCGUGGGUAAAUCAUGAAAAAAUGGGAAGACUAAUGAGAACAAUCCACCAACUCUCUAAGGCAGUAGACAAGGAAGCGCAGGUAGCUUCAGAUAAAAAAAGGCGUCAAUGGCGAUCCAAGCACAAAAUUCUUAAGAAAUGGAUUUCACAUAAACACUCACAUCAUCGCCAUAAAUCACGUCUCGUACGGCAUCAUACACGUAAAUAUUGAAAUAUAGUUGACGACAACACAGUUUCUUCAACAGCGUCUGGAGAAAGUGACACUGUCGAUUAUCUGCAAGCUUCCACAGUUCUCGGGGGUGUGUUCAACAAGGUGAGGGACCCACUUGCUAGGGAAAGCGUUGAAGUUGCUAUAAAUGCCAUGUUGAAGUUGAAGAAGUCGGACAGCGCUUAUUCAAAACAGUUCCAGCAGUGGAGGAAACAAGGGUAAAUCAUGAAAAGUGUUCAGGCUAAUGAGAACAAUUAAAUAGAGUCAGCAUUCCAUGUCACCUUUCGGAUUGUCACAGCCAGAAAACAUGCCAGUCUUAUUGAAAGAAUGAUAAUAAUAAAAAGUAUAUCAUUGAAAUUAAUUACAUAAUAAUUGUUAGGCGCCCUGGCAAAAUAAAAUUUAAGCUUAUAGCUUUGUAAAAACAACCCUAAUGAUUUGGUAAUUAAAAAAACAGCAAUAUUGCUAAUAAAAUGUUUAAUUGCUAUAUGGCCAUUGUGAGGAAAACCCUUUUGCCUUGUAAGUAUUGACUCUAGAAUUCUUCUCACUUUACUUGUCCUGCUUAUAUCAAUGUUUAAGUUGGCUGAUUGCAACUGCAAAGUUUCUUGUUGUUCUCUUCUUGCCUGCUUGCGUGCUUGGCGAUGCGUACGUAAACUCUCAGGACAAGCAGAAGGUGGUAAAACCCUUACUGAGAUUCCCUGUUUGUUCUAGGUUAUUUCUUUAAUUUCUCUGGUUUGAAAGCCCAAAAUGAAAACCGUAAUGCACACACAUUGGUCGCCAACUACAUGGAAUGUGACCAUUGUAGAAGGCAGGACUGAUAGAAUAUUUAUACUAGUAAUAACCCAAGGUUAGGGAAUGCGUGCGAGAUCGGUGUAAACGCAUUUGCAAUUUGACGCUGUGCUUUGCGUACUUCGAGAAGAAGUGAUUGCUUGUCUUGAGUGAUAGAACGUCCAAACGCGUUUGAUCAGUUUGUGUUCUGUUCGUUUUAUUCAUUGUUAAUGGAAGUCCAAACGAAUUCUAGCUACAUACGUGCUGCGCAUGUGUAACAGCAACCUGGAGAUUAGGAUUGCGGGCUCCUCUAGUCAACAGCAAUUAUCCCCACUGCCGUUUUAUAUUCAAAUGAUUUAAUUACUACCACGGUGUAAUAAUUUGGAAAACUGCUACCUUCGCUCCUGGAUGUGCCCAACGAAAAAGGGCAAGAAAUAUACCUCAUUUCAUGUGAGAAAUUACCAUUAGGAGUAGGAUGUGCGAAAAGGUCCACUGGUGAUCGUUGAGCCCUUAAAAUUGGCUGUUUAUGAGGGUGACGGACCCUUCUGUAAUCUACAUGGAAGUCACAGCUACAGUUACAGUAAAAACAGUUGCUCUCUAGGGGAUGGGUGUUUACCUUAUUGGUCAAUUCCUGGAUGUGGCAUGUCGACUUGACUGAUCAGCUGUCAGCUAAGGAGUGAUGUUAUUGGCUGUCUUGAGACUCGAAAACGAGAUUCUAGGUGGUACGUUUUGAAACACCUUUUACACCGGUCUCUUGUUGAUAACAAUGAAGCAUACAAAUGGCAGCAGGUUGUUAAAUGACACGUGCAUUUAUUAAUUUACGGUGCACUGACGGUCGAUUCAUCUCUAAAUCUAAAAAAUAAUAUGAAAGAAAUGAUGAGGCUUCUAUUUCAAAUCUUGUCGCGUUGUGCUACUUUGUAGUAACCAUAAAGAAACUGUGGAACCUUUUGACUUAAAAAAGGUCACCAAACCAAAUUCUGUUUCUACGGCAGUUUGGAGCAUGAAAACGUAAUUUAAGAAGAGAUUUUAGAAACUGCUGAAUUUUAAGUGCUAUAUAUUUGGUCUUAUAUUGCUGUUAGAUAAAACCAAUAGCGUAUGAUGAAGCCAGACAACCCAUGCAUAAAGAAUGUCGUUUUUCUUACAUCAUUUAAACGAAAGCAAUUGCCACCAAUUUCGUGGGGAGCAAGUACGUUCGGAGCAAAAAAAACAUGGCGAUAAAGUGAUAUUUUUCAGCGACGAAAAUUUUCUUUACAUCAAAAUGAUAUAGCGAACAUGUAGCUGUGUAUCGUUCAAUCCUGAUUCAUGGAAGUUGUAUUUUUAAUGAAUUGCAGGUAAGCCUUGAUUCAUAGACGAUUCUUCUUACACUAAGAUAAUGGAAAGUGAAUGAGUGGAAUAGAAACUAAUUUGAUCAUUAUAAACCAAUAAAUUCGCCUCUUAAAAAAUGCUAUAAAUUUGUUUAGAUGUGAUCAGUCACUCUAUACUUUUGUAUCUUAGGUAGUCUUACAUAAGUUUUGAAUGUUUCAUUGACUUAUUAUAGCAUUUAAUUUGCGAUUUUGGUGACCCUUUUUUGUUAUUCUGUCUAUACAAGUGCCUUAGUUUUCCUGCACAGUUAACCUCUUUUAAGAAAACAUCGAUAUAGCUUAGAUGCUCAUUCGAUUUUCUGAGUUGAGAGGCGGCAGCAAAUUCGAAGGAGGGCACUUAUUUCGCUUUCAGAAUUUCGACCUGAAAAUAACAUCUUUUUUUUAUCCACAUUGUGUACAAACAGCAAGCUAGAUCGUAUCCGUCGUAUCCGUAAAAGAAACUGUGUGUAGUCACUUUAAAAGUCCUCAUUCCUUAACUUUUUCCCUUACGACCAUACUCUAUUACAAUGAUGUUAGAAUCAACCGAAUCAGUGGAUAGCAAUUUUCGCGCGUUUCGAUUGGCUACCCUAACUCGGAAUGUCCUUGCCUAUAGGCCAUUUCCGAGUUCCAAAAACCCUCACUUUCAAAACGAGGCUAAAGUGGCAACUGAGCAAUGGCCUAUUCCCCUUCGGGAAAAUAUAAAAUCGCAUAGCCGCAGCCCAAAGCAAAUGAGCCACCUUAAAAGCCGGGUUGUAUAACUCAACUUUACCUAUUUCACUAACUUUCAUUACCUUUCAUUUAUUGCUUUGCAGUAAUUUACAAUAAUGAAGUUAUUGUUGUCAUCGUUUGUCUUCAUUUCGAGCUAUAUCCUGUUUUCUUAUGGUAAGGGCUUUCACCGCAUUUGACUUUUAAAAAGUUUAUACUUUGUGUUGUAAACGAAUGUAGUUGAAUCUAUGCCAUGUUUAAACAUCUUUUUCCGUGUACUCACAUAAACACUUCUAUUGUUCAUACAGGAAUUCCGAAACAAAGAGACGAAGGUCGCAGCAAAUCAAGUAAUCUGACUCACUUUUUUCAAGAAAUCGACAGCAACAUAUCUUUACCAGAAAAUAACAACAAGACAAAAGACAAAGAGAAUAAAGUAGACUUGACCAAAAGCUCUGCAGGGGAUAAACAUGAACAAAGGUUGAAUGAGACCGAUGGAACUUCUAAGACUCUUAUAGCAAAGCAUAAAACAAAUCCCUCGAAUACUUCUCAUGAUCAAAAGGCACAAAGAGUUGCGAUUCAGAAACUUCUGUGCGACCUCCUCAAUAAGACAAAGGGCAACCAAACCUGUAAAGAUAGGAACUUUUCAAAGAAAGCCAUGAUAUGGCCGACAAAAAUGUUACCCUGGUUAAAAAACGUUCUGAUGAGCAAACUACAACGUGGAAGUAAUAAUCAUAUGUCCUUUUUGGAUAACAUGGAAGACCCAACAGGAUCACCUUUUGGAAGCAAUUCAGUAAACAGCAUCUCUGACAACUGGGAUGAGAAUCCCUUUUUAGUGCAUAGAAAACAUCGACAUGGACUUAAAAUGAUUCCAUUGUUAAAAAAUUUGAAGGCAACACUUUUUGGACAAGCGCCGACUUCCAAUGUUGGAAGUCUUAAUGAUGCGUUAAAUAGCGAGACACUGAAUGGAUUUGGACCAAUACCAACGCAGGGAAGCUCGCCCCUUGUUCAUCAAAUAUUAAAACAAGCUUUGGGAAGUUCCGACAGGAAUUCAGUUUUAAAUGAAAUGAGACAGGAGCUCCUUCUGGCAAGCGACCGUGGAGAGGGAGAAACCAACGAAGUCUUUGAUGACGUAAAUGGAAGAAACAAUCUUGCUCAACUAAACGCUGGUGUUCAAGGAGAUCCCGUGAUGUCUCCACCUACUCAAGGUGUUGCACCAUUUGCUGGCAUGAACAUGUUACAAAGUAAUACGAGGACUCCAAUGAUGGAGCAAAAUGUUCGUCAAGAACCUUUAAUGGAACAGCCGAUUCAUGCCCAAAUGCUAGAUAAUGGCGUCAUAGCGCCGAUGGGGAGACAGCCUCUUGAUGGAUCAUCUUUAAAGGAUGCGUCCUUUUUAAGUAAUUCCCGUAUUGGUGCGUCUUCACUUUUUAGACGCCCUUUUCAAACGUCGUCCUUAGCUGCAUCCUCAUUAAUUGCUCCAACAUCGAGACGUUCUCCACUGCAAAGCUCCUUCCUCGAAACAGCAUCACGAGAAGGCUCCCUUCUUGAAAAAGCUGGCGGAUUUGACAUGCCUGCGACACCAUCAAUGCUUGGACGAACGUCAGCUCCAAAAGAAAGGAUGUUUGCUGACAGUGUACAGGAGAUGCCAGAUUUUGCAAGUCGGCAAGAAAACUUCAUCGAGCGUAACGAGCCUUUGGAGAGACAUCAGAACCCAAGUCCACGUCCUCUACCUCGACUUCUUGGCAACAACUUGGUCAUGGAAGAAAUCAGUGACUCCAUGGCUCGCGGCAGAAAUCUCCCCGUGCAAGCUAAUCCUGAUUUGGAGCGUCUGAUGAAACUACGUUCCCGACUCCGGUCAAGAAAUCCCACUAGUUCACGGAUGUCUGGCCUUGAACUUGGUAGUAAUUAUGGUGAUACACUUCGUUUAUCACCAAGCUCUAAUUCAUUAGGAAUUGCCUCUGUUGUGGCCAAGGAUGAAGAUUCCAUAAACUUCAACGAUCUAAACUCUGAGCGUUCUUUAGCAUUUAGAAGGGGGAAAGUCUCAAAGAUAACAGGCAAUUCUCGUGCCUAUACAAAGAACAAAAGCAGCCAACAAAAUCAUAAAAAAGAUAACACCAAGACCAAAAAGAGUUGA